AUGAAGCUAACAAUCCUAUCAACUACUUCAAAACCUUCUAAUAUCUUCCCUUUGAAUGUUGACUUAUCCGAUGGCUCUACUUUGCUUUCCCUUAAACUGAAAAUUCAUAAGAGUGUACCCAACUUUUCACCUUCAAGACAAAGGCUUUCAAAUGUAAAUAAGGAACCUUUAAAGGAUGAUUCUGCUUCUCUUUCCCAUCUUAACAUCCACAACGGUGAUAUCCUCUAUAUCAAAGACUUGGGCCCACAAGUUAGCUGGACUACUGUCUUCUUGGUUGAAUACGCUGGCCCUCUACUCAUACACCCUUUCUUCUACCACCUUAGCACUCUCAUCUACAGAAAACACUUUACUCAUUCAAACAUGCAAGCUCUAGCUUAUACCCUCAUCCUUAUUCACUUCUUCAAAAGGGAAUUUGAAACAAUCUUCAUACACAGAUUCUCUAACUCCACUAUGCCCUUCUUAAAUAUCUUCAGAAACUCUGCUCAUUACCACUUACUCUCUGGUCUUCUCAUUGCCAUCGCUAUUUAUGGUCCUUGGUACUCUUUGGAAGCCCUAAAACACUCUCACAGAUCAAAUCCUUCUUAUCUCGCUGCUUGGUCUGCUUUCUGGCUCUUCUGUCAAAUCUCUAACCUCAUCACUCACCUUAAACUUCGCAAUUUAAGACCACCAGGUACCAAAGAGCGCAACAUUCCAACUGGCUAUGGCUUUGAUUUGGUUUCUUGUGCCAAUUACUUUUUUGAAAUUGGUUCUUGGGUCGCUAUCUUAGGUAUCACUGGUUCUUGGGCAGUCGCUAUCUUCUUACUUGUGAGCGCUUUCACUAUGGCCAAAUGGGCAAAGAAGAAAGAUGCAUUGUACAGAAAGCAAUUCGGUGACAAGUACCCAAAGAAUCGUCGUAUCUUGAUUCCUUACAUUUGGUAA